AACACCUCUGCGGCUCUGCUCGUUGAGCCGUUCGGUCGCGUCGCCCACCACCACCAGAGAAACCCUAAUCCUCCUCCCCUCCCCUCGAAGCCGCCAUCGCCAUGGCAACCCCCUUCCGCCCGUCCCCGUCCCCGUCCCAAUCCGCCACCUCCGCCCCGGGCGGCUGCGGCGGAGACCGCUGCGCCUCCGGCCGCGACGCCUGGCCGCUCCACCACUUCCUCCACGAGGGCGUCUUCUGCCUCCUUUGCUCCUCCUGCGUCCUCCUCUACCGCCCCGCCGCCUUCUGCUCCGCCUGCCUCCACCUCCUCUCCACAUCCGACGCCGCCGCCACCGCGCCCGCCGGCGACCCCGCCGUCGCCCCGCCCGAACCCACCGCCCCCUGCUCAGCCUGCGGCCUCUCCGUCGCGCACCUCUCGUGCGUCCCGGGGGACCCUGCGUCCUUCGUCUGCCCGCCCUGCGCCGCCGCCGCCGAGAACAGGCUCUUCUCCUUCACACCCGCGCCCCCCGCCGGGGUCGGGGGCCGCCGCACGCUGGACGACCGCGACGCGCGGGUCCUCCUCGUCGCGGCGCGCCUCGCGCACGACUCCGUCAGCCGCGCCGCGGCCGCCGCCCGCGAGGUGGCCGAGCGCCGCGUCGCGGAGGCCGCCGCGGCCCGGAAGCGCUCCCGCGAGAUGCUCGACGCCGCGUUCCGCGCGCUGGAGGCGCAGGCCAGGGAGGCCAAGAUGACUCCCGCCCCGCCGCCAAAGAAGAAGGCCCCGAAGAGCGCCGAGGCGAACAGAGACAAGGACCGGCUGCUCAAGCUCAACGCCAUGCAGCAGCCUGCGCUAGCGUUCGCGGCGGCAGCUGCGGCAGCAGCAGCGAGCUCGAUGCCAUUACCCACCGUGCCACUACCCAGGGAGGACAAGAAGCCAGUGAAACAAGAGGCGCAAGGUUCUACACUGUCGCCGAGCGAGGAUCGCCCCCAACUAUUUGGGGCCUUGCAAUCGUGAGAUUGAGGGCACAGUAAUCCAUUCCUCUUCUUCCAAUCCAUUUCGUCUCUGUGCAGCUAAGCAAUCCGGAGAGAUACUGAAAUCUCAGGGUUAGCCAUCUUGAAGAGUGUUAGAAUCCUCAUUUCAGGGUCUUCUCACCGUAAAUUCUUUUCCUGUCUUGACAUGCUAGAUGAGCCUUAUGUGGCUGGUCUGCAUCCAGUAUUCUGAUUUGUUUGGUGAAUGAAUGUCGCGCUCUAAAACACAACCAGAUGUCCAGUUUCUAAUUUUUUGUCAUUAAUUAAUGCCUUGGGUUCGUCAUUGAUGGAGCUAAGAUUGAGAAGACAUGAGCGAUUCGUCAUAGACAGAUAGUGGGUUUUACUCUAGUCAGAAUGGUGAGCAGAUUAUUCCUGCACUUCCAUUUCUGUCGCUGGGCUUCAUUGUAGAUGGACCGAGCGAUUGCUGUCACAAUCGCCGUGCCCACCCAGAGUUAAGUGUACACCAAAAGUGCUGGAAUUGACUGAAAUUAAAGUGAUUGAGGUGUUUGGGGAAUGCAAUAGUGUAUUUUUCUUGUAUACCUCCCAACUUUCAGUACGUACACCACUUGCAAGCUCUCUGCCUGUCCUGUAUUGGUUCUUUCUAACAUGGAGUCGUGGACCUUACAAUCUUA